CGGCAAACCAUCAUCGCGCGUGGGUCGUGUGCUUCCGUUAGUCGCGACCAGCGGGAAAAUGUGACGAUUCAAAAGGUUCGCCGACCUGUCGUUCGUAUCGUCGCGGUAUGAUCUCUUAAGUAAAUUAACCGUUCAACUGUGGACGACGCAAGACGACACGUUAUCCGUCGAAAUAGUCACGAAUAAAAGGCGAUGCGUCGCGAGCGAUGCGAAUCGAAUUUUCGUUUGCAUGGUGUUCAGUGUCGUGUGUUCCCUCGGUUUUGUGUAACAGUGCUCAGUGUUAUCGAAUAAUUAUAGUCGCGUGGCUGGUUGCCCGGAGCGUGCGAGAACUCCUUACAUCGGUUUCUUCGAUGUGAGAUUUUUUUACCAUGGACAUUGAGAAAGACGUGUCGGUAUGUCUUCGUGUAUAUUGACUCGAGGUCGAAAGUCCUUGAGUCCGAAGUUUUUCGGGCAUUUAUCUUGAUCGCGUGACAGUGGAGAAGGAACUCAAGGAAAGUUCGAGGAGUCUCUCGUUGGAAAUAUUCAGACGUCUGCCGUAUGUCAUCGUUCAUAGCGCUUCGUUGAAGUUUCCCAUCCGUAGCUGGAGGACACGUACACGACGAGCGACGAUGAUUCUUCAGCGAGUUUGAACAAAAUCCACCGACCAGACACUACCACGCGAUCGAAUCGAUUAGGCGUAAGAGAACGAGAAUAUUUUGGGUGAAAAAAAAAACAAAUAAAAUGGCGCUGACGCCGUCGCGUUGUCGCGGCGAUUGCGAAAAUCUUAGCGAGGAGGUCGCGAAUCAAGACGAGGUGGCAAACGGUGGUAAUUUCGAGCCACUGAGCGACUCCUGCGGCGAGAGCGACAUGGAGGGCCUCGAUCUCUCUCUGUUCGAGCCUCAGGUCGACGUUGCUUCCUGGUGCGACUCCCGGAUUCACGCCGGCACUCUUCAUAUCCUGGUCCAUUACUGCGAGGCCGAAUGCUGCGUCGGCGAAGCUGCCGGGGAGGCGUGCUGGGAACCGUGUUACUGCGUCCUCCUCCAGGACGAGCAGACCCUCACGGCUUACAGGAGCGAGGACAUGGCUCUGUUCGCCGGGACCGCCUGUAUGUUCAAGUCUCACAACAAGUUGGGGGAUGCGAUGUUCGUCGAGCUGCCACGUGUUCGAUUGGACGGCGGUGCACGCGCUUUUCGGCAGCAUUGGGGUUACGAAUCGCGGCCCCUGGCACCUCCGCCGCCUCUGAUCGAGGAAGACGAGGCCGCAGUUGAACCAGAAACGGUCAGCCUCAGGGAAGCCAACACCGCGUCUCCGAUAGGUAAGUUGAAAUCGCUGUCCUUACCCAGGUGUUUUCCGCCAGAAAUAACGAUGGAGCAACACGACAAAGGUAAAGAUAUCAAUCGAUCAGCUGUGAAACUGAAUACGAAUGAAUUACUAAUUUUAUUCAACAACAGAAACGAUGUCUGGUGCUUACGCUAAUUAUAAAUGGGAUUGUUCCGCGAGAACGCAUCAGUGCGUUCCCUCGAUAAUCGAAGGUUCGACUGUCUUUAUUCGUACUUAUGAAUAAAUUAACCUAGGGAACAGCUGUGGUUAAAACGUUCUAUCGUCUAAUUUUAACAAAAAUAAUUCAGCGUGUGAAUUGAAUACCUUUAUUGACCUCUAAACUAGUUUCCUCUAAAUUGAAAUAAUAGGUUCUCACGUACUUUGUUACAUAGUUUUCAUUGUUAUCGGGUUAAAACG